AUGAGGGUGGAGGACAUGGCACGAGCUCCUCCUCCCACUGGUUCACACCGUGGCCUCUGCGCUGACCUGUGCGGGCAUGACCCCGCCUCUCUGGUUGAGAAGGAGUCUCCUGGGCGCCUGCCUUUCCCAUGUCACUUUCUCCCAGGCCUGCAGCAACCAUAUUGGCUUUCCCUGUCUCUGAGCUCUGGACUUCUGUUUGCAUAUUCAAAAAACUAUGUGAGCGGUCCAGGGCUUACUCGAGCAGGCCCCCAGAGGCAUUCUUCAGGCUCCUAUAAGGCAGGUGCAGUGACAGUCACAUUAGUUCAGCCCUCUUUGUGUUGGUACCUCUUCAACACAGAGGCCAGACUUCCCAACAGCUUCCUUCUGCUCCAGAAAAAGCCACAAACCCCAGAGCAACAGAAGGAGAAAGGAGAAGUGAUGUCACAAAACUGGCACUUAGUUUUACCAGGACAAGCAGGGCUGCCCUUUGGUCCUGACCCAGGCACUCUGCCUUGA